AUGGCAGAUUUUUUGAGGGCAUCCUUUAUAAGUAGUUCUUCAGGGACAGAAAGAUAAACUCAUUAAAAUAAAAUUGAGAAUGGAUUGUUCAGGAAAAAAUUUAAGAAAAAUAGCAAUUAAAUAAAUAACAGUUAAUUAUAAAAAUUUAGAUCAUUUCAGAAUUAUUCUUUAUAAGAUUCUUCAGAUGAAAACUAAUAAUAAUAAAUUAAAUCCGCAAUAAUAGAAUCAGAUACUGAUUAAAAUUUAACCUAUUCAAAACAAUCUCAUAUCCCUACAUUAUAAAUAGAUAUUUAAAAAAAUAGUAAAUUGAAAUAGUAAAUCCACACAGAACCUAUAUAAAUUUAUAAAUCUAAAUCUCCAUAGCAUUAAAUGUAAUCAAUUUAACUAUUUACACUUUAAUUUGAUUUAAAGUACAGAACUAUAAAAUUACCAGUUUAUCUUGAUGAUACAUCUUUUUCUUUAACAUAUAAAUUGUUAUAGGAAUUAAAUGUAUAAACAACAGCAGUUAUAAUAUCAAAGACUUCAGAUAUUAUAUAAUAAACAAUAGAAAUGUAUAUGACAAGAUUGUAUGAUUGGAUUAAUUAUAAUCGAUUAGGUAAAAUAGAUAGUGCUUUAUGGAAAGCAUAAGUUUAUAAGAAUAAUGGUUUUUUACAAGAUUUAGAAGAUGAAAUGUAAGUAGAUUUAUUAUCAGAAUAUUAAUUAGUUGAUAAAAAUGUUACAAUAGGAAAGAUUAAAUUAUAUUAAUCUGGUUAAUAUAUAAAGGAUAUUGCAGUUUAUAGAAAUCAAGACCCUUAGGAAUGUAUUAGAAACUUUUUUUAUUCUACUGGAUUACAUUAUGAUGAAUAGAAAUUUAAUCGAUUAGUUAAUGAAGUUAUAUAGAUUUAAUUAUUAAGUGGUGAAAGCAUUGAUGAAAAAUAUACAAAAGAUGAAAUUGUAACUAAUGUUAAAGUGAGUCAUGAUAAAAUAGUAAAAGUUAAUGCUAAAAGAGUUUGUAACAAUAAAAUAUAUAUUAUUUUAGAAUUAGAAUAUAGAAAAAAUGAUGAUUAAAUUAAGUGUUAAUAAUAAACUAACACCAUAAUAGACUAUGAAAGUGAAAGAUUAGAUAUAAAAAAGUUUUUAUAUUUGA